UCCCUCUCUCCCCCUCUCCACUCCUCGUCCCCCCCUCCUCCUCCCCAGAACCCUAAACCCCGCCGCCGCCAUAAACCCUAGCCGCCGCCGCAGCCAGGGCCAGCCAGGAUGUACGCCAUGAUCCGCCGCGCGGAUCCCCUCCGGAGGCGCGCCGCGUCGGCCAUCCUGGCCGCGCUGCUGCAGCACCCGGCGGGCCCCUCCGCCGCCGGGGCGUCGGCGUCGGUCCUGCCCCCAAGGUCGCCGCUCCCGCCGCCGGCGAUGUGGUUCCACUCCAGGCCGGCCCCGCUCGGGUUCCGGGAGACGGGGGCCGCGCGGGCCGGGGCGCACGCUCAGUUCGCGGCGGACGAGGGGUGGAACUACGACGAUAAGAGGAAGCCCGCGGGGGGCGUGGCUGGGGCCGGCGCCGGCGCCAAGGAGGAGGGGCUUGAGAUCGCAAAGCUCGGGAUCUCGUCCGAGAUCGUCGACAAGCUCUCCGCCAAGGGCAUCACCAAGCUGUUCCCCAUCCAGAGAGCUGUCCUUGAGCCAGCAAUGCAAGGCAAGGAUAUGGUUGGCCGUGCCAAAACGGGGACAGGGAAAACUUUGGCAUUUGGAAUCCCCAUAAUGGAUGCAAUUAUUCGCCAUAACGCAGCUAACAAACCUGGAAUAUAUCCCCUGGCGAUAUGUUUGGCACCAACACGGGAACUUGCAAAACAAGUUGAGAAAGAAUUUGUUGAUUCUUCCCGGCUGGAUACACUCUGUGUAUAUGGAGGCACUCCAAUUCAGCAACAAAUGAAAGUACUUAGCCAGGGUGUUGAUGUAGUUGUUGGGACACCUGGACGGGUAAUUGAUCUGCUAAAUAGACGUGCUCUGAAUUUGUCAAAUGUCCAGUUUGUUGUUCUCGAUGAAGCAGACCAGAUGCUGUCAGUGGGUUUUGAUGAAGCUGUUGAGGAAAUUUUGCAAAAUGUGCCUGCCAAACGUCAAACCUUGAUGUUCUCCGCGACAAUGCCACCCUGGAUACGCAAGCUGAUGCAGAAGUACCUCAAAGAUCCUGUCAUAGUUGAUCUUGUGGGUGAAGAUGACCAGAAGCUGGCAGAAGGGAUUUCUCUGUUGUCUAUUGCUACAGAGAAUCAUGCAAAACCUGCUGUCCUUGGGCAAUUGAUUCAGGACCAUGCUAAAGGUGGCAAGUGCAUUGUAUUUACGCAAACAAAAAGGGAUGCUGAUCGGUUGUCAUUCACUAUGAGUCGAAGUGUCCAGUGUCAGGCUCUUCAUGGAGAUAUUACACAACAACAGAGAGAGAGGACACUUCAAGGAUUUCGUGAAGGGCGCUUUAAUACUUUGAUUGCCACUGAUGUUGCUGCUCGUGGUUUGGAUAUUCCAAAUGUGGAUCUGGUGAUACACUAUGAAUUGCCAAACAAUUCAGAGAUAUUUGUUCACAGGUCUGGCCGUACUGGCCGUGCUGGGAAGAAAGGCACUGCAAUUGUGAUGUACAGCUACAACCAAAGUAGAGCUGUCAGGGGCAUCGAGAAUGACGUUGGAGGCAAGUUUACAGAGCUUCCAAAGAUCAAUGUUGAAGGUUCUGACUUGACAAUGGCUAGUGGUUAUGAUUCGUUCGGAGGUGGAGGUGGAGGUGGGCGCUCACGUGGUGGUGGUUUUGGUGGCCGCGGUGGUGGUUUUGGCAACUCUUCCAGCAGAGGUAGCGGGUUUGGUGAUUCCGGUUUUGGUCGUUCAGGUGGUGGGUUUGGUCGGUCAGGCGGCGGCGGAGGUGGUGGAUUUGGCGAUUCAGGGUUUGGCCGAUCAGGUGGUGGUGGUGGAUUCGGUGAUUCAGGGUUUGGCCGAUCAGGUGGUGGUGGAGGUGGAUUCGGCUCAAGUGGUGGGUUUGGGAGUUCUGGUUCAGGGCGGUCUGGCGGGUUUGGUAGCAACUCUGGUAGCUCUGGCUCUAGCUGGGGUGGAUUCGGCAGCUUUGGAGGCAAAAGCUCUUGAUUGAUCAACCCCCCAUAGCCCAGCAAAUUUUUGGUUGGAGCGGAAGGCAACCGGGUUAACCGGUUCAGCUUGAUGGUUCUUAUAUAUGGAAAGCCCUCUGUCAGAAGAGGUAAAUUAACAUGGUCUGAUUCUUGUUGGGUAGUACAAGGUUGAAUUUCUAGCGUGGACAACAUACGCUUAUAUUGCCUGGAGCCGCCAACUUUGAAGGCAGCUGGAAAUAAUCACGAGGCUUUCUUCUUUUUCCGUUUCCUGGUGCAAGCUAUUUGCAGCAGGGUUCCUUGUAAAAUAUAUGCAGUGUGCCUUGUCUUCUGCGGAUCACAAUAUAUAUCUGUUUCUUUAGUAGUAGUUUUUGUAUUGUAUUAUCAAGCUUUUUGUGGACCUUAUCUAAUGGCCAGAACUAGUCUCUAGAAGCAAAUGUUGCAUCUGAUACCAUGACUAAUUAUUGCUAAUCGCUAA